CCCUGGGCAUUGUUCUCUGUUCGCCCGGGUCGCGGGUGGGAGGCGAGGCACGCAGGGGUUCCCGAGUCUGGCUCGGCUCCAGGCCUGCGGCCUUCGGCCCUGGGGCCACUGGGGCUGCCGCGCCCGGGAGCGGGAGGCGAGCGUGCGGGGCCGGGAGGCUCAGCCCGCGCAGCCAUGGGCUCCCGAGGUUCCCACGCCGCGCGCAUUCCCGACGGGGACAGCAUCCGGCGGGAGACCGGCUUCUCGCAGGCCAGUCUGCUCCGCCUCUACCACCGGUUUCGGGCCCUGGACAGGAACGAGAAAGGCUACCUGAGCCGCGUGGAUCUGCAACAGAUUGGGGCGCUAGCCGUGAACCCCCUGGGAGAACGCAUUAUAGACAGCUUCUUCCCUGACGGGAAUCUGCGAGUGGAUUUCCCAGGCUUUGUCAGAGUCCUGGCUCAUUUUCGACCUGUCGAUGAUGACGACUCAGGCAUGCGAGAUCCCAAGCAACCUGAACCCCUCAACAGCAGAAUGAACAAACUGCGUUUCGUAUUUCAGCUCUAUGACCUGGAUGGUGAUGGAAAGAUCUCCAGGCAUGAGAUGUUACAGGUCCUCCGGCUGAUGGUUGGGGUGCAGGUGACAGAAGAGCAGUUGGAGAGCAUCACCGACCGCACGGUGCAGGAAGCGGAUGAAGAUGGGGAUGGGGCUGUGUCCUUCCUGGAGUUCACCAAGUCCUUAGAGAAGAUGGACAUCGAGCAGAAAAUGAGCAUCCGGAUCCUGAAGUGACCCCCUUUGUGCCUCUGGCUGGCUUACACGGGCCAGUUCACCCUGGGAUUCGUCUUCAGCCCCCGACAGAGGCAGGGCCUCCAUAAACUGUACUCUUGUGUCUAUACUAAACUCCAUUUAAGGCCAAGGAGAGAAAGCCAGAAGGGUGUGUACUAAAUAAAGCCUAACUCAUUUGAUCUCAAAUUAGUGAAUCAGCCAGCAAUCUUCUGCAAGCAACUGAAAACCCAACUUGCAGCAACUUCAGUUAAAAAGGGAUUUGUAGGGGCUCAUGGAAUUUAAAAAGUUUGAAAAGUAUCUUCAGAAUGCUGGAAAAGUCUGGAAGGGUCUUCUGGCACAGUUAGAUCCAAAGGGCUCACGCAAUGCUAUCAGGACUCAGUGAUUCAUUUCUCAAUCAGCUUUCUUUCGUGUUGGCUUUCUUCUCAGGAGGGCUCUUUCCUCUUGGUGGAGCAUGGCCACCAGCCCUCCUCCUCAAAGUGUCAAAAAGGGAGAUUAGCAAGUGUCUGUACCAAACAGAGCUUCUCUUUGGUGAUCUGAAGGAUUGAGGAAGACUUGGGAAGGAGAUAACUUUGCACCACGUGACUCAAGGAUGUCAUCUAAAGCCGAGAGGUUACUACCAGACACCAACCCAUGUACGUGAGCUGUGUGUUCCCUACACUGUGGGAACCUCAAGCUGAAGGGCACUGUGACCAAGAAGUCCUGGGUAGAGCUUUGCCUCCUGCUGGGACAGUUUGGAGGCAGCCAAAAGUGAGCUAGAUAUCCUGGUCCUCAGGCUGGCUGCUGGUGAGAUUGGGACCGGCAAGAGGUUGGCCAUGGAAAUGGAGUCAACUCACAAGGUCAAGUCCAGGAAAAAGGAGCAGGGCGUUAGGACUCAUGAUUCAUUGUAGAGCUGGAGGUGUGAGUCGUCAGGGAGGGGCUGCAGGCAGCUAGAGGCUUGUGCUUGGGAUCCUCCCUUGAGAGGAGCCUCCCAGAAGGGUGUGUGGCAGGCACUGGAGCUUUCCCGGCUGGUGCCACAAGGAUGCUCUGAAGGGGUUUAACUGACCUGGACCCAAAUACCAUCUAUAUAUCCUGAAGAAAAAAUGGGAGUUCCUGAGGGAGUGCCUUUCCUCACCAAGGGGACUGACUGGGAGACUGUGUAGGGAGCCCUGGGAAGGGAAGCAGGUAGAAGGACCAGGUAGUGAUGUGGGAUAGACUUAAUCAUGACUACCAUUGCCUCCUCUUAACUGAUCAGGAAAACAUUGAAGAAUCUUGAACUUGACUCUCAAAUACAAGGAAACUCUGAGUCGUCCUCAGCCCCACCCAGCCAACACCAAUAAAGAGAGGCAAUAUACGGGCUUGGUUUCUGGUUAGAGACCUGCCCUGCAAAUCAGUGUGGGUCAGUAGAAAUGACUUGCGUUUUGGAGUUUUAUUAGGCCUGCAAUUGAAUCUGCACCCUUCUAAUUGGUUACUCACUGUACGCCCUUGGGUAAGAUACCACUGCCCUUCCGUGUCUCGGUCUCUGUUAUCUGUGAAGCAGAUGCAAGC